AGAAGAACAAAAGCCGUUCUCCUUCCUUCCAUCUUCAUCCUCUGUGUUGUCGUCUUCGGGUCAGGACAAAAUCAGAUCUGAAUUUUUCAUCUGCUAAAUCAAUCCAUUCAAAACAGAACAUAAAACCUCAAACACGGCGUCGUCUCUGCGUACUAGCUCAGAAACCAUCAGAUCCAAUAAUGUAUUCCAAAAUUUUACUCUUAGUGAUUCCUGCUUCUAUUCAUUUUUCAAUUUUCUUUAGCUAAGAAGAGGAACAUUCUGAAUGGAUUCCGAUGAGCUUCGGGCCAUUUUGUCGAGAUCGCGAGUGGGGAUUUGGGCGCUGAUUGACACGGCGAUCAAAGUGGCCAUUUCUGACUACGCCGAAGAUUUGAAGCAUCGCAGAGAUAAAAUCGUUGAGUCGCUCUAUUCUUCCCCUUCCAGUAAUCAGCUCUGCCAAAACUGCAAUAGCAGUAUCAACGACGAGGUUCAAGAUCACUAUUAUUCUCAUAAUAACAAUAGCGAUAAUAACAACGAUUAUGCUAACGAUAACAAAAAAAAUAGCAUUUUUAGUAAUGAUAUUAUAAACGAGGAAUUUAGUAAGAGCCCGUUGACUCCUGAGUCAAAUAAUCGGAAUUCUACUGGAGGAGAGGAGGAAGAAGAAGAUUUGGAUCCGUACGGGGGGCUAUUUGACGAUGAGCAGACUAAAAUUCUCAGAUUCAAAGAGCAGCUUGAAGACCCUAACCAGAGUGAAGAAUAUGUUGUGGAAUUGCUGCAAAAUCUGGCAGAUAUGGAUAUUACUUUCCAAGCGCUGAAGGAAACUGAUAUAGGAAGGUAUGUCAAUGGAUUGCGGAAGUAUCCUUCAAAUGAAGUGCGCAGAUUGGUGAAGGAGCUUGUCAGGAAAUGGAAGGAAACUGUGGAUGAGUGGGUGAAGGAGAACAAUCCGGAAGCAUCUUCAAACCUGAUUGCUGAUGGGGACUCACCUCAGCAGAACAUGUCCAAAAAUCAACACAAUGGCCAUCACCAGGUGAAAACCAAAUGUUGUUCCAAUCAAUUUGUUUUCCUGUUGGAAAAAAAUGAGUGAAAAAAGAAAGGGAAAAAAGAAGCAAAGUUGGUAUGAAUACAAUUUCGAAAUUCUAAAAUUCUGUUUUUACAGG